CGCCGCUUUAUGUGAACUUCCUCUCUGAUCUCUGUUUAUCGCGGCUGAUGCGCACUCCUGCCGCACUCCACGCGACUUUUUUUCCUGACGUGUUCUCUUCCCAAUCCCUGCGAGCACGCACCGCUGGCCUACCGCUGGCCUACUGCCUACCACUGACGCGUUCCCGUUUUGCUUACACGUCACAAAUAGAAAAAACCCGCCAUUUUACUCUAUCCUUGCUUUAGCACCAUCGUCUUCACUCUUUGUUUUCGCUCCUAUACAAUGGCUAAACAAGCAAAGCGCGCUGCUGCCAAACCAUCCAUUAUGGACGACCUCGACGCCGUUGUGGUGUUCGACCCGAAGUACGAGAAGGGCGCCAGCCGUCCAUUCUUGGUCACCGCGCCAGCGCCAGACUUGGCCAAAUUGAGAACCGUCUCCACUCUCCAGGAGCUCCGGUACAUUGCUGCCUUGGUUCUCCUCACCACCAGUGUUCGUUUGUACAACCUCACAAAGCCAGACUCUGUCGUCUUUGACGAGGUGCACUUCGGCGGUUUCGCCCGCAAGUACAUCCAGGGCAAGUAUUUCAUGGAUGUCCAUCCGCCAUUGGCCAAGAUGAUGUUUGCCGCUGUCGGCUCGCUCGGUGGCUUUAAGGGCGACUUUGAGUUCAAGGCCAUCGGCGAUGCUUUCCCAGUCUCCACCCCAUACUACUUGAUGCGCUUGUUUCCAGCCAUGCUCGGGGUUUUCACCGUUGUCUUGUUCUAUCUCACCUUGCGCGCCUCUGGCUGCAGAAAACUUGUGGCCUUGAUCACCGCCGCGGCCUUUGCCGUGGAAAACUCCAACGUCACCAUCUCCAGAUACAUCUUAUUGGACUCUCCAUUGUUGUUUGCUAUUGCUCUUGCGGUCUACUCCAUCAAGAAAUUCGAGGUUGAGAUUCCGUUCUCCUCCCGCUGGUUCAAGAGUUUGGUGGCCACCGGUGUCGGUUUGGGUCUCGCUGUCUCCUCUAAAUGGGUCGGUUUGUUCACCAUUGCGUGGGUCGGUGUCUUGUGCGUGUUCCAGUUGUGGUUCAUCAUCGGUGACUUGUCCGUCUCCUCCAAGAAGGUUACCCAGCACAUUGCAGCUCGUGGUAUCUUCCUCUUGGGUAUCCCAGCCUUGAUGUAUAUUCUUUCCUUUGCCAUUCAUUUCCAGGCUUUGUACAGGGAGGGUGAGGGCUCAGGUUUCAUGAGCAGCUCCUUCAGAUCCUCCCUCUCUGACAACACCAUCCCAUCCGACUUCCAGGCCGACGUCGGUGUUAGAUCUACCGUCUCCAUCCGUCACUUUGGCACCCAGAACGGCUAUCUCCACUCCCACCCCCACGCCUACGAAACCGGCUCCAAGCAGCAGCAGAUCACCUUGUACCCACACUUGGACCAGAACAAUCUCUGGUACCUCGAGUUGUACAACACUACCGAGGCCCCAACCUCGUUCGAGGCCUUGACCGACGGAACCAAGGUCCGCAUGAAACACAUUGGCACCGGUAAGCGCUUGCACUCGCACGACGAAAAGGCUCCUGUGGCCACCCAGGAUUGGCAGAAGGAAGCCACCUGUUACGGGUUUGAGGGUUUCGAAGGUGACGCUAACGAUGACUUUGUCUUCGAGAUUGUCAAGUCCAAGUCGAAGCCAGGUGUUGCUCAGGAACGCGUCAGAGCGUUGGAGACCAUUUUCCGUCUCCGUCAUGCCAUGACCGGCUGCUACAUCUUCUCGUCGUCCAACAAGCUCCCGGAUUGGGGCUUCAAGCAGAACGAAGUCACCUGUGCCACCCAAGGUAAGAGAUACUUGGAGGAAUUCUACAUCGAGGCGAAUACCAACCCAUACCUCCCAGAAGAUGCCGAAAAGAUCAGCUACAAAAAGGCAUCUUUCUGGAGCAAGUUCUUUGAGUCCCAUGCCACCAUGUGGAGAGUCAAUGCGGGAUUGACCGGUAGCCACAACUGGCAGUCGUCUCCUGAAACCUGGCCGCUCUUGCAGCGUGGGAUCAACUACUGGGGCAAGGACUCCACCCACGUCUACUUCUUGGGUAACGCCAUUGUCUGGUUUGCUUCCACCCUUGCUAUCGCCGUUGGUGUUGUCCACAUCUUGUCCAGCAUCAUCAGAUGGCAAAGAGGCGCUAAUGUUGGAGCCGACGCUCAUGUUUUCAACUACAACACCCAGGGUUUCCUCUACAUCUUGGGUUGGGCCAUCCACUACGCUCCAUCUUUCCUCAUGGGCCGUCAAAUGUUCCUCCACCACUACUUGCCAGCCUUGUACUUUGCGCUUUUGGCCUUAGGCCACCUCUUUGAUUUUGCCGUUACCGUCUGGUUUGCCAGAGCCAGAAAGGUUGGUUACGCCUUGCUUGUUGUGUUUUUGGUUGCUUCUAUCGCGUUCUACAACCGUUACUCCGCUUUGAUCUAUGGUACCCAAUGGACCAAGGAAAAGUGUGAGGCUGCCAAGUACUUUGACUGGGACUUUGACUGUGGCAAGUACCCAGAAGACUAUGCCUCGUACAAGGAAAUUGCACAGGCCAAGUCCUCUGAGUCCAUUGCCUGGGACGCUGCUACUGCCGUGGCCGUUGCUCCGGAAGCCUACGUUCCACCUGCCGAGGUUGAAAGCCCACCCCCUGUAGCUGACAGCCCUGUGGCCGAGCCUGAAGCUGUAGAUGCUCCUGUGGCUGCAGAAGCUGUUGAUGAGGGCACCGUUGUUCAUGAAUUUGACGCUGUCAAGCAGGAAGUUGAAGCCACCGUCCAGUCCCCAGCUGAUAACGAAGAGAUUGAGCUUCCAGAGGCGCCGGAAGACAAGUUUGUUCAUGAAACUGUGCAACAAGAAGCGGUUGAAGAGCAGGUUGUGGAAGAGGUUCACGAAGAUAAUGCUCAUGUUGAAGAGCCUGUUGAAGUGCCAGUUGUUGAAGUACCAGUUGUUGGAGUACCAGUUGAAGUGCCAGUUGUUGACGAAGUUGAACAGGUUGAGCCUGAAACUCCGGUUGAAGAUGCCGCUGCUGCUGUUGAACAAGUUGUGGAACAGGUUGAAGAGGCCAUCGUCUUCUAGUCGAGUACUUUUUUUUCCCCAAAUGUUGGGAACUUCCUUCCUCAACAUUCACUUAUAACAUAGCUUUAUUUUUCUUAUCCUAUUUAAAAUUCCCUUUGAAAAUGUAAAGGUGAAAGGCUC